AGGCCCGACCGGGCCCGGCCGAGCUCCCGGCAGUCAUGCUGCUGAACGGGGACUGUCUGGACAAGAAGAGUGAGGAGCCCCGGGAGAAUGGGUACCAGGAAGCCGAGGCCGGCGACGAGGCCAGCGGGCAGGAGGUCAUCGUCAUCCAGGACACUGGCUUCACUGUCAAGAUCUUGGUCCCAGGGAUUGAGGCUUUCUCAUUGCAGGUUUCUCCCCAAGAGAUGGUCCAGGAGAUCCACCAGGUGCUGAUGGAUCGGGAGGACACCUGCCACCGCACAUGCUUCUCUUUGCAACUGGAUGGCAACGUGCUGGACAACUUCUCAGAGCUGCGGACCAUUGAGGGGCUGGAGGAAGGCUCUGUGCUGCGAGUGGUGGAAGAGCCGUAUACGGUACGGGAAGCCCGAAUCCACGUGCGCCACAUCCGAGACCUUUUGAAAAGCCUGGAUCCCUCAGAUGCCUUCAACGGGGUAGACUGCAACUCCCUCUCCUUCCUCAGCGUCUUCACAGACGGCGACCUAGGAGACAGUGGGAAGAGGAAGAAGAAGGGUGUUGAAAUGGAGCCCAUUGACUGCACGCCACCUGAGCACAUCUUGCCUGGGAGCAGGGAGCGGCCGCUGUGCGCUCUGCAACCCCAGAACCGGGACUGGAAGCCCCUGCAGUGUCUAAAAGUGCUCACCAUGAGCGGUUGGAACCCCCCACCUGGGAACCGCAAGAUGCACGGGGAUCUCAUGUACCUCUUUGUGAUCACGGCUGAAGACCGCCACGUUAGCAUCACGGCCUCCACGCGGGGCUUUUAUCUGAACCAGUCCACGGCGUAUAACUUCAACCCCAAACCCGCCAGUCCCCGAUUCCUGAGCCAUUCCUUGGUGGAGCUGCUCAACCAAAUUAGUCCAACCUUCAAAAAAAACUUUGCUCUCCUGCAGAAGAAAAGGGUCCAGCGCCAUCCUUUCGAGAGGAUCGCAACCCCGUUCCAGGUUUACAGCUGGACAGCCCCCCAGGUGGAGCACGCCAUGGACUGUGUGCGGGCUGAGGAUGCCUACACAUCCCGGCUGGGCUACGAAGAGCACAUCCCUGGACAGACGCGAGACUGGAACGAGGAGCUGCAGACAACAAGGGAGCUUCCCCGCAAGAACCUUCCUGAGCGGCUGCUGAGGGAGCGCGCCAUCUUUAAGGUCCAUAGUGACUUCACAGCAGCGGCCACCCGGGGGGCCAUGGCGGUCAUUGAUGGCAAUGUCAUGGCUAUCAACCCCAGCGAGGAGACCAAGAUGCAGAUGUUCAUCUGGAACAACAUCUUCUUCAGUCUGGGCUUUGAUGUCCGAGACCACUACAAGGACUUCGGUGGGGACGUGGCUGCCUACGUGGCCCCCACCAAUGACCUGAACGGGGUGCGUACGUACAACGCGGUUGACGUCGAGGGCCUCUACACCCUGGGCACGGUGGUGGUAGACUACCGAGGGUACCGCGUCACGGCCCAGUCCAUCAUCCCCGGCAUCCUGGAGCGGGAGCAGGAGCAGAGUGUCAUCUACGGCUCUAUCGACUUUGGCAAGACAGUGGUGUCGCACCCGCGCUACCUGGAGCUCCUGGAGAAGACGAGCCGGCCUCUGAAAAUCCAGCGGCACCGAGUGCUCAAUGACCGUGAGGAGGAGGUGGAGCUGUGCUCUUCCGUGGAGUGCAAAGGCAUCAUCGGCAACGACGGCCGGCACUACAUCCUGGACCUGCUGCGCACCUUCCCCCCUGACCUCAACUUCUUGCCCGUGGCUGGCGAGGAGCUGCCUGAGGAGUGCCGGCGGGCCGGCUUCCCCAAGCCUCACCGCCACAAGCUCUGCUGUCUGCGCCAGGAGCUGGUGGACGCCUUUGUGGAGCACAGGUACCUCCUCUUCAUGAAACUGGCAGCCAUUCAGCUCAUGCAGCAGAAGGCCAAGAGGGUCGAGAGCCCGGGCCCUCUGGAGAACGGUACUUCUGAGGCCGGGGCUUCAGAGACGCCAGAGGCCAUGGAGGCUGCAGGGGAGGAAGGGGCCAGUGGCCUAGCCAAGGUGAAGGAGCUCGCAGAGACCAUCGCCUCUGACAAUGGCCCAGCAGUGGACCCCAAGAGCCGGGAGGUGAUUCAGAAUGCCUGCAAGGCCGUGGGCUCUGUCAGCAGCACCUCCUUUGACAUCCGCUUCAACCCUGACAUCUUUUCACCAGGUGUGAGAUUCCCAGAGUCCUGCCAGGAUGAAGUUCGGGACCAGAAACAGCUGCUGAAAGACGCCGCUGCCUUCUUGCUGUCCUGCCAGAUUCCUGGCCUGGUGAAAGACUGCACAGACCAUACGGUGCUGCCCAUGGAUGGGGCCACGUUGGCAGAAGCCAUGCACCAGCGUGGCAUCAACAUCCGCUAUCUAGGCAAGGUGCUGGACUUUGUGCUCAGGAGCCCCGCCCGACCUCAGCUGGACCACAUUUAUAAAAUUGGCAUCAGUGAGCUCAUCACACGGUCUGCCAAGCACAUCUUCAAGACAUACCUUCAGGGUGUGGAGCUCUCAGGCCUCUCAGCAGCCAUCAGCCACUUCCUCAACUGCUUCCUCAGUUCCUUCCCCAACCCUGUUGCCCACCUCCCUGCUGAUGAGCUUGUGUCCAAGAAGAAGAACAAGAGGAGGAAAAACCGGCCCCCAGGAGGGGCCGACAACACGGCCUGGGCUGUCGUGACCCCCCAGGAGCUCUGGAAGGACAUCUGCCAGGAGGCCAAGAAUUAUUUUGAUUUCAGCCUUGAGUGUGAGACCGUUGACCAGGCUGUGGAAACCUUUGGGCUGCAGAAGAUAACCCUCCUCCGGGAGAUCUCCCUGAAAACUGGAAUCCAGAUCUUACUGAAAGAAUACAGCUUCGACAGCAGGCAUAAGCCAGCCUUUACCGAGGAGGACGUCCUCAACAUCUUCCCCGUGGUUAAGCACGUCAACCCCAAGGCCUCUGAUGCCUUCCACUUCUUCCAGAGUGGCCAGGCCAAAGUGCAGCAGGGGUUCUUGAAGGAAGGCUGUGAGCUCAUCACGGAGGCCCUGAACCUUUUCAAUAACGUGUAUGGGGCCAUGCACGUAGAGAUCUGUGCCUGCCUCCGCCUCCUAGCCAGGCUUCACUACAUCAUGGGGGACUAUGCAGAGGCCUUAAGUAACCAGCAGAAGGCAGUGCUGAUGAGUGAGCGAGUGCUGGGAAUCGAGCACCCCAACACCAUCCAGGAAUAUAUGCACCUGGCUCUCUACUGCUUCGCCAGCAGCCAGUUGUCCACAGCCUUGAGCCUGCUCUACCGUGCCCGCUACCUUCUGCUCUUGGUCUUUGGGGAGGACCAUCCGGAAAUGGCUCUGCUGGAUAACAACAUUGGCCUGGUACUGCACGGGGUCAUGGAGUAUGAGCUGGCACUGCGCUUCCUGGAGAAUGCUCUGAGCAUCAACGCCAAGUACCACGGGGCCAAGUCCCUCAAGGUGGCCCUCAGUCACCACCUGGUGGCCCGGGUCUAUGAGAGCAAAGCCGAAUUCCGAUCAGCCCUGCAGCAUGAGAAGGAGGGUUACACCAUCUAUAAGAGCCAGCUCGGAGAGAACCAUGAGAAGACCAGGGAGAGCUCAGACUACCUGAAGUGCCUCACCCAGCAGGCCGUGGCCCUGCAGCGCACCAUGAACGAAAUCUACCGCAAUGGCUCCAGUGCCAACAUCGUGCCCCUCAAGGUCACAGCCCCCAGCAUGGCCAGUGUCCUGGAGCAGCUUCACAUCAUUAACGGCAUCCUCUUCAUUCCGCUCAGGUCAGUUCGAGGUUGAGGGGAGGACUGAGAGUCCCCUCAGGGAGCCUGGGGGUGGGAGAGGGAGAGGGGCCUCUCUGCCCUCUGAAACAGGAUAUGGAGCUUAGUUUAGUCUUUUCUUGAUGACUGUCAGGAGCUUGGAAAGCAAGUCCACUCUGGGCACAUGGAGGUGUCGCAGGCUGUUGGCCCUACCCUGAAUGCCCCAGAUUGCUGGGCUCGGGGCAGACUCCCUGCUGUCAGCCCAACUUCCCAUCUGCUCAUCAUGGCAGGUCUUCAGACAGCACCUGAAAGGAGUGGAGCUCUUCGGGAGUGCGCUAAAAGGUGGCCUCCCAGGUCCCUUCAUUUGGGAGAUCUUUGAAACUGCUCAGUGCCAGCCUAGAACAGUCUUUCCCAUUUGUUGUGGCCCAGGGAACCACAUAAACAAACUUUAUCAUCCAGUUUCAGAGUUGGAAGGAACUUUGCAGUCCAGCUCCUUCCCUGAAGCCAGCUAGCAAGAAUCACUUUGCAAGUGGGCUUCUCCUUAGGGAUCUACGUUGGGGGGGGCAGCCCAUUCCUUUGUAUUUUUCAGCCAACAGAAAUUUCUCCCCCUUCCAUUCCUUUCAGUUGACAGUGAAAGAAUAACAAAACUCAUUUUGCAAAUGUGUAGUCAAGCAGAAAACAUUUUCUGCAUUGACCCUGCCUAAGAACACAUACUUCUCAUUCUCUGUGAGGAGGUGGGUAGCUUGUCAUGAGCCUUCUGGAACUGGAGUUGGUCAUUAGACCCAUCAGAGCUCCUUAUGGUCUUUGUCCUGUUGUCCUGGUUCUGCUCACUUCACUGCAGCAGUUGAUACAAGUCUUCUCAGGUUUCUCUGACCACCCUGCCCCCUCACACACACACAUCAUUUCUUCCAGCACAGUAGUAUCCAUCACAUUCAUAGGCCAUGACUUGUCCAGCCAUUCCUCAGUUGAUGCCUUCCCUAAUUGUUGAGUUCUUGUGUGAAAUUUUUUCUCCCUGGUAUCUUCAUUCUGACUUGACAGGAAUGUCCAAGGUCCUGGGGAUGUUUAGAGGAACCCCCUGGGGGGAUGUGAGGGAUUGGCUUUCCCUCAGCAGGCCCUAGAGGCCAGGGCAGAACCAAGGAGUGGUAGGCACUGCUGAGCAUUCUGUUCUCUCUCCUUUGUGGCCAGGGCCCCGCUGGCCCCAGACACCCAUCUUUGUCUUCAGAAUAUCCCUUCAGCCUCCUCCUGGGGAGCUGGUGUUUGGUAUCCGAGGUGUAUGUCUCAUUAGCUGGAGCCAUCAGGAAUUUCCCUGCAGUGCCAUCUCCCACCCUCCACCCCCCUUUUUUCCCCCCUCCUUGAACAUCUCUCCUCUAUUAAGCUGCCUUUCCCUUAGAGAAUUUAGUCUGGCCAUGGGCUUUUCCCAUCUAAGUCCACAGAUUAAAUCUGGCUAAGUUUUACUGUUUUCAGAGCUGGAACGAGGACCAUAGGAGUCGUCUUUGUGUUUAACCUUCCCUGGGGUGACUUUGCCUCCUUUUCCUUUCUUCACUAAACUCUAACAUGACAAAGUUCCGGCCCUUUUUGUUGGCCGGAAGUAGAUUUUAUUACAACUGUAUGUAAAGUAAGGGAAAAUGAGACUUGAGUGUGUCUUCUGACAUAAGAUGCCCAAGUUUCUGGGAAUGUACGUUGUGGCAUAUUUUGGCUUUUUAAAGUCUCCUUCUGGGUUCUCAGCUGUGUUCUGGAUAGGGGGGAUCAUGAGAGAAGGAGUCUCUGGAUAAGUGAAAUGAGUGUCCCUGUAAAUCACCCCUCAAGCUGUUAGCACAGUGUCUGAUGCAAGAAAGUUAAAUACCAAGAGGGUAACGAAAUUGAGUCUGCAUUUCUAUGAGGACCUGGGUCUGAGUCUCAGCUCCUCUAGCCAGCUCCAUGACCUUGGUUGGCCAAGUUCUUUCCUUUUCCUGGGCCUCUAUUAGAACUUUAAAUCCUGUGCCUUCGUGAAGCAGAGCAUACCAUAGCAAGUGUGAGGGAGGUGACAGGGGGCUGGGGUUGGGCAGAAGAUCCCCAGUUCCCUCUCUCUGACCAAGCGUGUCCCCCCUACCAACCCUCCU